ACGAUGUUGUUGGUGUGUGAAACAAACCCGACCAAACCACCAUCCAACAUAACGUGGAUGAAGGACGACGACAUUAUAACAACUGGCGCCUCUUCAUCAACUCGUGAAGACGGAGGACUUACUGUUACUGUAGGUCGUCUUACAAUGGAAGUCACAAGAGAGUUCCAUAUGAAGAGAAUUUAUUGUGUUGGAUCCUACGAAGAAACCAUCCUGAGAACGAACACGAUUCUGCUUCACGUUGAUGUACCUCUGGUGGACAUAAGUAUUAUCAACUCAACGAACCUCCCCAUGGCUAUGACGGAGAAUGAAGACGUCACGCUUGUGUGUGAGACCAAUCCAACAAGACCGCUGUCCACCAUCAUCUGGACGAGAGGAAAUCAGACACUUACAGAGGAUGUGACAUCAACAUCACGUGCUAGCGAUGGUGCGGUUGUCGCCGUCAGUAUGGCGACAUUCACCGUCUCUUGUGAUGAUCAUCUCUCCCGGAUCCAGUGUUCUGGCUUCUACAAAAGUACUCGGAUAGCAUCUAAAUCUCAGACCCUGUUUGUUCACUGUAUUGAAAAAGAAGAUAUAUCAGGGCCAACGUUCAGUGCUGGUGUUGGCGUUGGGAUGACAAUAUGCCUGGUUCCCCUUCUUGUAGCAGCUGCAGUGUACAUCUUAUGGUGGAAAAGACGCAACACAAUGAAGGAUAAGACAGAGCCACCUGAAUCGACAGAUAGUGCAGCUCCACGCCAGUCAGAUGACGGACACAACACAAAUAUGUACGAGAGCAUGGACCACAGCGCAAGAGAAAGAAAAGACACGGCCUAUGAGGAGUUACAUAUGCAGGUGUAUGAAAACACUGUUUUUCAGCCGACAGGUUCUCUUGACCAUGUAAUUAGAGAAGAUGUCUGAUAACUUCUGUUGCUUUAUAUAUCAUAUGUACGAUUCUUGUGUCCUCUGCGAUACUGAUACCGUAUCGAAGAGUUCACUUCCAAGUGAAAAAUAGCAUUAUUGUCUGCUUUCAUUGCAUGUGACUGUAGGUCAAAUAAGCUCAAGCUUUGGUUUUCUUGUCUUCUAGUCUAGACUGCGGACUUUGUGUACCCCUCUGAUAAGUGUUACUUGGCACGGCUCCCACCUAAUUAGGUGCCAGACUCUGAGGGUGUGGGUUCGAAUCCCGGAUGGGACUCAACCCCCCAAAAGUACUAGAAUCUGUACUUUAGUAAGAAAGUGUAAUCCCAAAUAUAACAUAAUUAUGUUACAAGGCAAGGAAACUUCAACUUUGAAUUCCUGAUCCUAGCCAUUAUGAUGGUACAUGUGGUGUAUACAUUCAGAUUUAUCAACGCCUCUUCUAAACCUACAAAGCUUAUCAAGAUUCGUCGUUCUGGCAUGCAUUCAUCCCCAUAGUCUGCUGUCACGUAUGGAAUCCUAGAAGGGACACUGUUGUACACAGCCCUCACAAAAACAAGCCAAAGUGACAAACUUAACCAAAGUGCGACAAUGCGAAAUUUUUGCCUUUUGUCGCUAUGUCGCAUUGUCGUGCUUUGAUUAAUAUUUUUUUAUUCAUCCAAAAGGCGACAAUGCGACAUAGCGACAAUUUUCAAGGUGAAAAUGUGUCGCCUCAUAGCUGCCCCAUCUAAGAGGUGUAGAAAAACCUUAAAGUAGGCGACAACGCGACAAUGUCCCUUCUAGGGUUCCAUAAUUACUGGAUUUCCCAUCAGGACCAGGAAGAUAAAACUUUGUAUGCGAUACCAACUAUGGCGUAUAGCAUUGAUCUUUAUCAUAAUGUAUUGUUUCCAUUUUCAAUCAGAUUUGACAUUUCAUAGUUUUACGCCACAUUCGACAAGGCCUUAAAGCUGAAACGGUUGUUUGUUAAAUGUUAAACCUCAGGAUCUGUUUGGAUCAGAUUAUUCUGUGACUUACAUUGCAUGCAACACCCCCGGGGUGAACGGAUGUUAAGACCAACGUAUGUGACACAAGGUAUAUAUUCUGACCGUGUUGUCCCUGGGUAUUUUCAUUAUGUAUUAUAAUGAGAUGAAAUUGGUAGUUUGAUAGAUUGUUACGUUUCUGCGUUUAUCGCUAUACAGACAGACAGGUAGACAGACAGUGUUUAUUCUGUAAAGAGGCCUUCAGCCCAUCAUACAGGCAAAUGAAAUAAUGAUUGUAUUUAAUGAGAGUACGCAGUUUGACUUUGCAGCUCUCCAUCCUGGAAUUAAUCAAUUUCUGUACAUGAUAGAGGUAUUAGCCAACGUUUUAUAUAACACCAUCAUUUUUUGUUUUGCAAAAGAUUUACAAUUGGAUUUUAGGUAUAUGGUUCUUUAGUAAACGUUGUUAUGUAUUUAGUUCUAGUUACGAUUACCAAAUAAUUAUUUCAUGUGACCUUUGAAUCUGACACAGCUUCAUUCCCCUUUUGAUUGUCUGGUUUACCUGGUUUAGCUGUCCAUUGUGUCAUAGCAAUGUACAUAAUUUGAGUCCUAGUAUCUAGUUAUGUGUAUGUAAUUAGUUUUGAACAUGUUUGGAGAUUUAUGGCAACUACAUUGUGGCUAUUUUUCCUGUUUACAGAAAUCAUACUUGUGGAUCUGAAUGUUGUUCACGAGGUAUUGUUAAACCAGUUUCAAUUCUAGCUCGACAACGCAUGUGACUGUAGGUAGAAAUGAGGUUGUGGUUGAGUGGAUGUGCCCAGUAAUAGUGGUAGGUUUUCAUGCAAACUCGUUUGUGAUGUUCGUGUAAUACAUGCCUGACGAACACAACAUAAGCGAUAGGUGAAACUUCAGGUGUCCAAAAGCAUGCAAACAGUGAGUAACAUCAUUGUGCUCAAGGUGCACAAAAUCCAAAAUCUAAACUAACGACACCCCCACCCCCACUCCUAAUUUUUAAGCAUAUUUUUUUUAAAAUACAUAUAUGUACAAAUUGCUGACCUCUCUAGUACAAGCGUACAAAAAUGAUGACCCCCUACCUCCCCAGAACAAAAUGGGUGACAACCCCACACACACACACACACACACGUAAAUUCAUCAUCACCCCCAAGUCACAAAUUACGAACAUUUUAUUUAUAAUUUUUUAAGUAACCUUAAUUUUAUGCAAUUUUUGUUGUUGUGCACAGGUGUUAUAGUCAGUGCUCUACUACAGUGUGAAAAUGACUGUGAGUUUUGGUCAUAAGAUCACGCAAGCGUAUCCAUUUCAGUAUAUGGACUUUUCAUACCCUCAUUUCCUGAUGAAUUCCUUUCUGUCUCAGUUUCAGCUCUAUGGAACAGUGUCUUGCACAUUUCAUAUACUAGAAUAAAUUACAAGGUUCGUCUUGCAUAUGUGUUUUCGUCAGUAUGGCGACAUUCACGGCCUCUUGUGAUGAUCAUCUCUCCCGGAUCCAGUGUUCUGGCUUCUACAAAAGUACUCGGAUAGCAUCUAAAUCUCAGACCCUGUUCUGUAUCGCAAACAUCUGUAUCGGGUGAUUGAGACCUUGUUGCAUGUUUGGAAGAACAUGUUACAGUCUAAUGCCAAUUUCUGUUUUGGAGCUAGAAGUUGAAAUUCGUGCCAUGUGUGAAGGUGAUAAAUUGUGUCUGGGCAAUCAGGAUAACACUUUACUUUUACAUAGGUUUACGUCAUGCAAUUUUAGAGAGGCGAUUAGAACAACACGAAUCAAUCUUACUGGGACUGCCAAUUUUCCUAGCUUCAUCUCCCUUUAAUCUUUUGGAAACCAUGAUGUACAAUAUUUAUCCUUUAUGCGCCCAUUGGACAUUCCGCGACGAAAGGAGCCCAACUCCCCAUGAUAGCUUCAGGUACUGACAUCCAUGUACAUGAAUAUCAGUUUAAUUAUGUUAUAUAUGUCAAACUGCAUGUUGUUAUCAAUAUUGUCAAGGUGUUCGAGAGACAUAUACCAAGGUGUUUUCCGUUUACCCACUAACCCAUUAUAUACGCGGGGCGGGGCGGUGGGGUAGCCUAGUGGUUAAAGCGUUCGCUCGUCACGCCGAAGACCCGGGUUCGAUUCCCCACGUGGGUACAAUGUGUUAAGCCCAUUUCUGGUGACCCCCGCCGUGAUAUUGCUGGAAUAUUGCUAAAAGCGGCGUUAAUCUAAACUCAUUCACUCACUCACUCAUUAUAUACGCAAGGUGGUCAACACUGACCAUUACCACAUUUGUUAUGAAUUACACGUAAAUGCCACAUUAUUAUCUUGUUAGGCGCUAAACGGGGUACGCAUUUGUCGUAAACAAGAUGGUUGGAGUGACUCAGUAGACUUUUUAUGCCAUGCUGCAUACUGUUCUCUUUACACUUAUUGACAGUAAAUAUCGAGGAAUGGUAGAUCAUUGUAUGUAUUUUUCUAGAAUGACGUAAUUAUCUCGUCAUGGCACAUUGAUAUACUAUACAUUGUCCUACUUGUAGGACCUACAUUCUGUGCUGGUAUUGGAAAAGACACCAAACAAUGUAGUUUAUCUCACAGUACCUAAACAUCAUAGUUGUCCCUUACUGCCUAGCCCUCUCUGCAAUGCUAAAGCACUAAAUGAAGUCAAGAUUCCCUCAGGUUGAUCUCACUUGGGCUCCUUUUCAAUUUAAAGGGGUGUGCAUGUAUUUGUUACUUAUAUAUACUUAUAGAAACGAAUAAGGGAACACAUGAAAUAUUUUGUGAGUACAUAUUCAGAGACUAAGCGUUAGUCUUCAAACAACGAUGCAUGGGAACAAUUUAUUGUUUUAUAAUUACGAGCAUAAAACAUAAUUUGAAAUUUACGAGAUGAAUUAGACUGAUUUGUGUAUGGAAGUAUUAGCUUAACAAUGAUGAAUGUGUUUGCUACACAAACAAGGUAUGCAGGGCUGCGUCCCUUGAGAGUGCCAGUACUUGAUGCGUGUGGGUUCGAAUCCCAUCUCGUUCUCAUAAAACUUCUUAGUUGCCCUAUCCGUGCUUUUGGGUUUAACUAAUCGAAUUUCUAUACAAUACUGCAAACUCAAAGUUAAGGACUUAUCCAGAGACUCAAGCAGGAUCAUUAGAUAUAGAACAACAGAAAACAUUUAAAUUAAGACACAGUUUUAUUUACAAUUUGACAAACUAUAGUAAUUCUAUGGAACAUGUGCAGGACUAGUUCCCAUACAUUAUUACUUCCCGUAUAUCUGUUUUACAUUUCACAGAUUAUGAUCACUGGCAUCGGUUCGAAACCUUGUGCAUUUAAUUGUGUACAUAUUCGUUUUUAGCUGUGUAAGUAAAGCUGAUUAUAUAAUAAUAAAAGAGUUUUCUUUGCGA